AGGGGGGCAAUUAGGCGGAAACCCUAGUGUUCUUUCUCACUCACUCACAAUAUCAUUUCAAGCUUCUCUGAGCUUUUUCCCCGGAUUCCAUUUCUCUCGAUUAGAGAGAUCUGUGAUUCGAUUGGCCGUGUUAUCAAUCGGUGUGCAAGGAAGGUUUUUCCGGCUGGCGGCGACGGCGGCAGUAAUUUGGAAUCAAAUAUAAAGAUGGCUUCCUCGUCCACUCCUACUCGGCUGAGCUGCGGCACGGCGACAAUGUCAACCGCCACGUGGCUGCGCACCGUCAUAGAUCCGCUUCCCUCGAAACCCUCGCCGGAGCUGGAGAAGUUUUUGUCGUCCUGCGACAGAGAUGUAACGGCGGAUGUGAUUCGGAGGGCUCAGAUUAUACUCGAGGCCAUAUUUCCGUCUCCGAGCGGUCCUGGUUCUAUUCCGGCGGAGGAGUGUGUGGCUGCUGGAGCUGGGGUUGAAGCUGGGAGUAGUGUGAGCCUUCAAAGUAGCAACUUAAUGGACAACAAAUGGGCGGAACAGCGUCGAUCGGAAGCUCUGAAGCUCUAUUAUAGGGUCCUGCAAGCGAUGUGUGUCGCCGAGUCCCAAAUUUUACGCGGGAACAAUUUAACUUCUCUGCUCACUAAUGAGAGGUUCCAUAGAUGUAUGCUUGCUUGUUCCGCGGAGCUAGUUCUAGCCACGCAUAAGACGACUGCAACUGUAUUGUUUCCGGCUGUUCUAGAGAGGACGGGAAUCAUGGCUUUUGACCUCAGUAAGGUCAUAGAAAGCUUCAUUAGACACGAAGAUAGCCUCCCUCAAGAGUUGAGACGGCAUUUGAAUUCUCUGGAGGAACGACUUUUGGAGAGCGUAGUGUGGGAAAAGGGGUCUUCUAUGUACAACUCCUUGAUAGUAGCUAGGCCAGCCCUUUCUGCAGAAAUUAACCGUCUUGGCUUGUUGGCUGACCCCAUGCCAUCACUGGAUGCAAUUGCAAACAUGUCUUCUGCAAUUUUACCUCCAGUGCCAUCUUUUCAUAAGCUGGAAACUAGCCCAGGUCAAAAUGGUGACAUGAGGUCACCCAAAAGACUAUGCACUGAGUACCGAAGUGUGUUGGUUGAGCGGAAUUCCUUCACAUCACCCGUGAAGGAUCGUCUUUUGGCUCUGAAUCCUUUGAAAGGAAAGCUCCCCUUACCUGCUCUGCAGUCUGCAUUUGCAAGCCCUACAAGGCCAAAUCCUGGUGGUGGAGGGGAAACAUGUGCAGAAACAGCUAUCAGUGUAUUCUUUGGCAAGAUUUCAAAGCUGGCUGCUGUCAGAAUUAGUGGCAUGGUUGAACGGCUCCAGCUUUCUCAGCAGAUCCGGGAGAAUGUGUAUCAUCUUUUCCAAAAAAUACUUAAUCAACAGACUGCUCUGUUAUUCAACCGUCAUAUUGACCAGAUUAUUCUUUGCUGUUUCUAUGGUAUUGGCAAGAUUUCCCAACUCAGCCUGACCUUCAAAGAAAUAAUAUGCAACUACCGAAAGCAACCACAUUGCAAGACACAUGUUUUUCAAAAUGUUUUUGUUGAUUUGACAUCAGCUCAACGCAAUGGCAAAGCUGGUAAUGAUCAUGUUGAUAUCAUCUCAUUUUACAAUGGAAUAUUUGUUCGUGCUGUAAAACCACUUCUGGUUGAGCUUGGACCCACUGGAACAUCUCAACAGAGUAGCAACAAUGCAGAAGCUAAGAAUAGUAGCACCGGUCAACCUCCUGCAUCACCCAAGACAUCCCCUUUUCCAAGUCUCCCCGAUAUGUCACCUAAGAAAGUAUCUGCUGCUCAUAAUGUUUACGUCUCCCCACUCCGAUCUUCUAAGAUGGAUGCUCUGAUAUCUCACAGUUCUAAAAGCUUCUAUGCUUGUGUUGGAGAAAGUACUCACGCAUACCAGAGCCCUUCAAAAGACCUAACCGCCAUCAACAACCAUUUAAACGGCCGAAAGCUUAGGCUCAACUUCGACGAUGUGGACGUGGGCUUAGUCAGUGACUCUCUUGUGGCCAACAGUCUUCACCUCCAAAAUGGAAGCUGUGGAUCUUCAUCAUCUGCAGCCGUCAAGUGUGAGCAGCCAGAUUCAUGAGGCUGCAUUACAUAUCCCCCUGUAAAUCCUUUCCUUUUCUUUUUUUAAUUUAUAUCCUUGUUAUGUUUUACUGUUUUAGGGAAUGGUAGUGUAAAGGCCAAGGGGUUAUUGUGAACUGGCUGCAAUUAUCCCUAGCGCCUUCAUCCAUCUUUUCCUGGUCUCAGUGUAGAUUUUUGUCUAUUAAUAAGAUUGAGUUACAGAA